AUGACUGUCAUCAAGGUGAGUCCUCUAAUGUAAGGUUACCAGAUUUUUUUCAAUGAAUCAAUAGGAAUGAUAGGAUUUUGAAUGUGGACUAAUUUGUAAAUCCGGGGACUGUCCCCAUGAAACGGGGACGUCUGGUAACCUUACUCUAAUGCCGUCUGGUAACCUUACUCUAAUGCCGUCUGGUAACCUUACUCUAAUGCCCUGCGGUACGAGGAAGCCUAACCAUGGCACCGGUAAGAGCUGGCCAGAAAGCACAGAAAAGCUUCCUUGAUGCAACUUUUCAAAGUGCAAAAGGACAAAUAUGGCGAAGAGCAAAUAAUGAGUUGAAUCCAGAGAAGUGCUCCACAAUGGGGCUUUUCUGGCUUACCCCUGCUUUACAGCUCCCAGCAUCUCUCAAAUGCUGCUCUUUGAGGGUCAAGGGAACCUCUGGAACACUGUGGGGAGGGGCAUAUGAGAAGCAGUGGGAUGGGGAAAUGGGAAGAAUGAAGAAAGUCAGCCUUAUGAAAGCACCUUUCCACUCAUGCAAGACACCUUUGGACCCAAGCCAUUGUAGAUGUUGUUGAACUUCAGCUUUCAUCAGCCCCAGUCAGCAUGGCCAAAGGUCAGGGAAGAUAAGACCUGAGGCCCAGCAAUGUAUGAAGGGUACCAUGUUGGCUACUCCUGUCCAUAGAUUUAGGAACAUAGGAAGGUGCCAUUGGUCCAUGUAGUGCAGCAUUGUCUACACAUACUGGCAGUGACUCUUCUGGGUUUCAGACAGAAGUAUCUCCCAGCCCUACCUGGAGAUGCUAUGGAUUAGAACUCAGACCGUCUACAUGCAGCAGAUGCUCUACCAAUAGGCUACACCCCUUCUCGCUUUUGCCUCUUCUAAGGAUGACCAGAAGCGGCUUAGUCAUGCUGGCCACAUGACCCGGAAGCUGUACGCAGGCUCCCUCAAUAAAGCGAGAUGAGCGCCACAACCCCAGAGUUGUCCACGACUGGACCUAAUGGUCAGGGGUCCCUUUAAGGAUGACUCAACAUUCUGUAAUGUUUUCACAGUCAGAUUUUGACCUCCAAAUUUGACCCCCAAAACUUGCCAUUUGAAUUCUGGAAUUGAAAGUUGACAUUGCAAAUCACCUGUCUUGAUGGGCUAACCUGAAAUGAAUGGAUAUAAAAUCUACUAUAGUCUACGGCAGUGCAUGGCGAUUAAUGUUAAAUGGUUUUUACUUAAUGUUGUUGCUGCUGCUUCAUUGUUUUGAUUUUUAUUGUUAUUUAAACUUGUGGAAUUUAUUGCUCCCUCCCCGCAUGUGAGCUGUCUUGAGAUUUUGAAGUCAAAUUUGCUCAAAAAAAGACUACAGACAAAUCAUUUAAAUAAUUAAAAUAAAAUGCUGACUGCUGCUGCAUGUUUGCUGACAGAUACUGUCAGCUGCUAAGCACUGCUUGUGGGACAGCAAUGAAUUCCAAAUUAUACUGAAACAAAUCCUUGCAGUUCAGUGGGUAGACCAUGAGACUCUUAAUCUCAGGGUGGUGGGUUUGUGCCCUACAUUGGGCAAAAAAAAAUCCUCCAUAGCAGGGGGUUGGACUAGAUGACCCUUGUGGCCCCUUCAAACUGUAACAAUUCAAUGAUUCUCUUAUCUUUGUUGAAGGUUCAACCAUGCAAAGGAAAUUUGAGAAUUACAUACAGUGGUACCUCGGGUUAAGUACUUAAUUCAUUCUGGGGGUCCGUUCUUAACCUGAAACUGUUCUUAACCUGAAGCACCACUUUAGCUAAUGGGGCCUCCCGCUGCCACCAUGCCACCAGAGCACGAUUUCUGUUCUCAUCCUGAAGCAAAGUUCUUAACCCAAGGUACUAUUUCUAGGUUAGCAGAGUCUGUAACCUGAAGCGUCUGUAACCUGAAGCGUAUGUAACCCAAGGUACCACUGUACUACUGUUGCUUCCUCCUCCUCCUGCUCCUCCUCUACAAGCUGUGAAACAGACCUGAGCUGAAACUGAUCAGAAGGAAUGGGUAAUUCCCAGGACAGAGGACAGAAGCAUAUCCCUGUCCCUGGAAUACUCUCACUUGGCAAGUUUGAGCGCAGCUUUUCUCUCCUGAUAGAAUGCUGUGAUGGGACAUUUUUAAUUUGAUCCAAAUACAUGGACUAUAUGGAAUUGGCAGAAAUGACUGGCAGAAUCCGAGACCAGGGGGAAGAGUCGGUGGAAGAAGAUUGGAAGAAAUUUAAAGACUAUUUACAGAAAUAUUGUAAAAUUAAUGAAUGAUAGAAGGAUGUUGGAUAGUAAUUAAGCGGUUUCUAGCUGUAAUGCUUUAAGAGAAUAUGAAAAAAAGGGUUAUAAAUGGGUUAAAAUCUAAUGGUAAGGAUUUGCUGAACCAAUAAAUUGAAGUGGAAUACAAAAAAGGGAGGUACGAGGAGGUCCGGGAAACAAGCUAAAGGAAAAUAAGUAACUGAGAAUAUGUGUGUUUUUAACUGUUUUUAUUUUGUAUUUUUCUCUUUUCUUUUUCAUUUUUACUGUAAUAUUUCAAAAAACCUUAAUAAAUAUCUUACAAAUACAAAUUGCCUGUGACUAAGUUCUAAUUUAUGCACACACACACAUUUCAUUUUCAUUGUAUAUUAUUGUGGAAUUAAAGAGAGCGGGCACCCCAAGCCAGGUAGAGGCCCGUAGAUAAACAGAAGCAUGACUCGGCACGCCUCUGCCUGCAUGCCUCUUGGUGGAUGAACAACUGCAUGCACAAACAGGUGUCUGUCACACACACACACACACUUCCCCAGUCACACCUAGGAGAUGGGACUCUGUCCCCAUCAGGCUAGGACCCAAAGUGGUGCUACCUGAGGCAUGUCCAAGAGCCUGAGCAUCCCCAGUGGUCCAUUUAAGGAUGUCUCCCUACCAUUACACAGCAGAUCUCCAUGUUGUAUCCCAACAACCGACUUCUGAAAAGUGGUCAGUAACGAUGGGAGUUUUAGUCCAGCUACAUCUGGGGUGUCACUGCUGAACUGUGAAAUUAUAAUGUUGUGCACGGAACACUUCUAGGAAGGUCAAAGUGCAAGAAGAAGCUAAGAAAGCUUUUGAUCAGAUAACUAGGCAGGGCCAGCCCACACAUGAAGUAAGGCAAGGUGACCGCCUCUGGUGGCAGGAUCCCCAGGGACAGCAGAUCCCAAUAUAUAUCUUUAUUCCUCCCUUGUUCCUGGUGUCAAUUUUCACUCAUUCCUUCUUCCCUGGCAAGGAAGGGGGCACCAUUUUGUCAUUUGCCUCAGGUGUCAAAAUGUAUUGGGCCGGCCCUCUGACGGAUUUGGGAUAGAUAAUUGUGCAGGACCAGUACAUGUCACUCCCUUGUUGCUUGAGCUCCUCUUUGCCUUGCCCAAAACCUGAGCUCUAUUACCCUUUGCUGGCAAUCACUGAAAGGCCUGGCUGUCACUCACCACUUAUUUCAGACACUUGCUCUGGCAAGUAAAGGCAUGAUGUGGAGAUGUGUGAGCAUGCAAAGAUUACUGAGUCCUGUGACUUUUUUAAAAAAAAUGCUCUACUUAAUAAAUAGGAGGUAUCUGUGCCACUUAUGGCAAUCAUGUGACUCAUGACUGAAGCAAAGGUGGAGGAAUUUUUGGAAGUAUGAAUGCGGGCAAGCCAAGUCAGUCUCCCUCUCUGUGUCUAGCAAAAUGGAAAGGCAUGUUAAUUAUAAACUGUCUGCUCUAUAGGGGGGUUUCAUCAUGGGACUGAAACUGCCUUGGUGGUGCUGGUCGAUCAUCUUUGGUGGGCUAGGGAUAGGUGGAAGCUGUUUCCUGGUCCUGCUGGAUCUCUCAGCGGCCUUUGACACCAUCGACCAUAACACCCUUCUGAACCGUCUAGAGGAGUUGGGAGCUGGGGGCACUGUUGUGCAGUGGUCUGCUCCUUUCUCCUGGGCCCUGUCCAGAAAGUGGUGUUGGGGGAUGAGUAUUCAGAUCUCUGGGCUCUCACUUGUGGGGUGCCUCAGGGCUCCAUCUUCUCCCUAAUGCUUUUCAACAUCUAUAUGAAGCCUCUGGGAGAGAUCAUCAGGAGGUUUAGGCUGGGUGUUCAUCUGUAUGCAGAUGAUACCCAGCUCUACCUCUCCUUUAAAUCAGAACCAGUGAAGGAAGUGCAAGUCCUGUGUGAGUGUCUGGAGGCAGUUGGAGGAUGGAUGGCAGCUAACAGACUGAGGCUGAAUCCUGACAAGACAGAAGUACUGUUGUGGGGGGACAGGGAACGGGGAGGUGCGGUGGACUCCCUGGUCCUGAAUGGGUAACUGUGCCCUUGAAGGACCAGGUGCACAGCCUGGGAGUCAUUUUGGACUCACAACUGUCCAUGGAGGUACAGGUCAAUUCUGUGUCCAGGGCAGCUGUCUACCAGCUCCAUCGGCACUCUGGCUGAGACUCUACCUGCCCACAGAAUGUCUCACCAGAGUGGUGCAUGCCCUGGUUAUCUCCUGCUUGGACUACUACAAUGUGUUCUACAUGGGGCUACCUUUGAAGAUGACCCGGAAACUACAGUACAACUAAUCCAGAAUGCGGCAGCUAGACUGGUGACUGGGAAUGGGCGCCGAGACCACAUAACACCGGUUUUGAAAGACCUGCAUUGGCUCCCAGUACGUUUCCGAGCACAUUUCAAAGUAUUGAUGCUGGCCUUUAAAGCCCUAAACAGCCUCGGCCCAGUAUACCUGAAGGAGCAUCUUCACCCCCAUCGCUCAGCCCAGACACUGAGGUUCAGCUCUGAAGGCCUUCUGGCAGUUCCCUCACUGCGAGAAGCAAAGUUACAGGAAACCAGGCAAAGGGCCUUCUCGGUGGUGGCAUUCUCCCUGAGGAACACCCUCCCUUCAGAUGUCAAGGAGAUAAAGAGCUAUAAAACUUUUAGAAGACAUCUGAAGGCAGCUCUUUAUCGGGAAGUGUUUUUUUAUGUUUGAUGCUUUAUUAUGUUUUAUAUAUUCUAUAAGCCUCCCAGUGGCUGGGGAUACCCAGCCAGAUGGGCAAGGUAUUAUUAUUAUUAUUAUUAUUAUUAUUAUUAUUAUUAUUUACUUCCCUCUGACCUGACUUCAUACAUCAGAUGACGUUGACAUUAGUCCACAAGAGCUUAUGCCACAAUGUUAGGUCACACCAACUCCAUACAUUUAAGGCACUCUUAUACCACUUAAACAGUUAUGGCUUCUCCCCCUAAAGAAUCCUGGGAAUUGUCAUUUGUUAAAGGUGGUGCUGGGAAUUGCAGCCAUGCAAGGGGUAAACUACAGUUGCCAUGAUUAUUUGGGGAAAGUCAUGGCUGUUAAAGAAAGUGAUAUGAGAGUGUUUAAAAUAUAUAGUGAGGAUAUGACCUUAGUUGUUAAGGUGGCACAAGAUUCUUUGUUCUCCUCUCCCUGCCACCCAACCUAGAAACCAUGAUAUAUCAUAUGAUAAUAAAAAAUCAGAUGCAUGCAGGCACAAUGUCAGGAAAGGGCAAUUUUUUGUAUUUCAUUUAUAUUUCAAUCAAAUUUUUUUAUUGAUUUUCAAGAUUUGUCACAAAAUACAGUGGUACCUCGCAAGACGAAUGCCUCGCAAGACGAAUGCCGCGCAAGACGAAAGAGUUUUCCGUUUUUUGAGUCGUUCCGCAAGACGAAUUUCCCUAUGGGCUUGCUUCGCAAGACGAAACGUCUUGCAAGUUCUUGCGAGUUUGUUUCCUUUUUCUUAAAGCCGCUAAGCCGCUAAGCCGUUAAUAGCCGCUAAGCCGCUAAGCCGCUAAUAGCCGUGCUUCGCAAGACGAAAAAACCGCAAGACGAAGAGACUCGCGGAACGGAUUAAUUUCGUCUUGAGAGGCACCACUGUAAUGUAACAAAACACACAACAAAGAAAAAAACAAAAACACAUUACAACAAUAAACUAAACAUAAAGAAAUAUUAUUUCUUCAAAUCCCUAAUUCUCAUUACAUUGCUAACUGACUUCCUCAAAUCCCCUCUAACUGAAUUUCGUUAUAUCACCUAUAUAACAGUUCUCCAAAGUCAUAUUUCUAAUUAAUAUAAUUAGAUUCCUUUCAUUUACUAAUCUCUUCUCCUUUAUUAAUAUUCUGAUCCUUAAUGUUUACUACCACAUAUUCUUAUUCUACCCCUAAGCCUAUUUAUUACUUCCAAUAAUUUUCUAUUUAUCUUAUAUCACAAUAUUUAGCUAAGUAUUCUUUAAAUUUCUUGCAAUCCUCUUAUAUCUCCUCUUCUUUCUGGUCACGGAUUCUUCCAGUCAGGUCAGCCAGCUCCAAAAAGUCCAACAUCUUCAUCUGCCAUUCUUCUAUUGUAGGUAUUUCUUACGAUUUCCAGUUUUGGGCUAAUAGCAGGCUUGCUGCUGUAGUGGCAUACAAAAACAGUCUAACAGAAGAAUUUCAUUUAUAAAAAGAAAGAAAGAAAGAAAGAAAGAAAGAAAGAAAGAAAGAAAGAAAGAAAGAAAGAAGUGAGUGAGAUUGGAAAAAAGGAAAAAUACUGUUACAUUACCAUACAUUAAUAUACAGAUGUGUAUAUUCUUAUUACCCUAAUGCACAUAUAAUUGUCAAUAACCUAAUAUAUUCUGUGUAAACUCAUUCCAAAUAUCACUGUAAUUAUCCAAAGAAAGUCUGCAUCUAUAAGCUGUCCGUUCAUAUGUUGCGAGUGUUGUCGUGUUGUCAAGCCAUUGAUCAAGGGGAAUCGUAUCUCUAUUCUUCCAAUUCAUCAGUAUCAGUCUCUUGGCCACCACUACGGUGCGUAGAAUCCAUUUUUACUAUCCAUUCAUUAGCAGUUUACUGAACAAAAGAAAGUAUUCAGUUAGCAACCAUAACAGAAUGGCAUAGCCGCAACAGAAAAUAAAGGGAGAAUACACAUGGGAUGUUGUCACUGUGUGCAUGCAUAUUGGAGCAGACUGAAGCAGACCGGUCUGAUCCAGGAUUUUGUUCCUAACAGUGGACAACCAAAAGCCUCUUAGGAAGCUGUGACGUUAACAUAUGAGAGUGCUGGAGGUGAAAUAGUUAAACACGUUACCCAAUCAGGACCCAGGUGGGUAGAGUCAGAGGGACUAUAAAACCAGCUCUGGUGGUAGUUGGGGAGUUCGAAGGGAGUUGGGUGGUUAAUUGGUUGGAGUGGGAGUGAAUUGGGCUAGAGUUUGUGAGUAGGUUGAGUGAGUGUAGCAAAAUAAGCUGAGUCAGGAACAGUUAGGGGCUAAGAAGACAAGUAAAUAUCUGAGAGGUGGUUUAGUGAGGGAGAGCAGGUAGCGGAAGUUAUAAGUCUGGACAGUCACCCCAUGAUUGUAAUUGACCGAUACUGUUUAUGAAACCACACGCUUGUCAAACUGCAAUAAAUAAACAAAAGUUUAUGUUCCAGUUUAACCCUGACUGAACUCAGUAUUGUACCAGGUAGGGCCUGGGUGGUGGCAGCGGGAAAUAAAGUGGUGGCACAGGGAUCAAUAGACGGUGAAACGUCUGGGGACGUCUGUGAUCGCCACAGAAGCCCACAAGGACAAUACCCUUGCUCCCCACCAACUGGCAUUCAGAAACAUGCAGCCUCUGCUAGCGAAAGCAGUGGCAAAGUAUAUGCCCACGCUGCCCAGGGCGGGCACACUCCCAAGGGAGGUGGGCCGCAGAGGGUGCCCUCCCACGUGCCACAGUUCAGGUUAGGAGAGGGGCAAGGAAGCUGCUGCUUUCUCUCCUCCUCUCCGCAGCCGGGUCAGACAUGACCCGGCAAUGGAGCUACUGUGGAUUAAGGUAAAGGUAAAGGGACCCCUGACCAUUAGGUCCAGUCGUGACCGACUCUGGGGUUGCGGCGCUCAUCUCGCUUUAUUGGCCGAGGGAGCCGACAUACAGCUUCCGGGUCAUGUGGCCAGCAUGACUAAGCCGCUUCUGGUGAACCAGAGCAGUACACGGAAACACCGUUAACCUUCCCGCCAGAGCGGUACCUAUUUAUCUACUUGCACUUUGACGAGCUUUCGAACUGCUAGGUUGGCAGGAGCAGGGACUGAGCAACGGGAGCUCACCACAUCGCGGGGAUUCGAACGGCAGACCUUCUGAUCGGCAAGUCCUAGGCUCUGUAGUUUAACCCACAGCGCCACCCGCGUCCCUACAAGGGGGGAUUACAAGGGGUAAAAAAAAAAAUGGAUGUACCGUGCCAUAUUAGAAGCAAAAAAAACUUGUUUUGAUGAAUUGGAAGAGCCGCAAAACGAUUCCAUUGAGCACAGAUUGGCAAUAUGGACAGACUAGCUACAUUUGAACGAAUUGCAUGUCGAUGCAAAUUAAGAAUGGAUAAAUAUGAAGAAAUCUGGAAGGAAUACUUAAGCGAUAAGGCGGACAGUGGUGGGAAGUAGGGGGAGGAGAGGUAGGGAUAUAUUGCUAAAAAGGUGUAGUUAUAGGUAUAUCAGUAGUCAAAUCUGAAUUGUUAAAUUGUGUUAUUAGUGUUAUUGUGCUUUUUGUUGUAUGUGUUUUUUUGUGGUGUUUGUAUUGAAAAAAUGAUUAAAUAAUUUUUUUAAAAGGGGGGGGGGAGAAGAGCUGCUGCCGCAGGGCAUGAGGUGUGCCGCCCACUUGCCUGCCAUUUUGUCACACACACCCCUCAGUGUGCCACACCCACCGCACCCCCCUUCCGACACCUCUGAGUGAAAGGGGCAUAUAGCCGUUUGAUAGCCCUAUCUACGGUGGGUUGUAUCCAACUAGUGAUUUAUACACACUGUGUUUUCAAAACAUAUUCUUUCCCUCACAGAUGGCUGGGCACUGCAGUUCAUUAAGGUAUUCUGGAAAAGAGGAGACUGAGUGGAACUAUGAUGGCCAUCUUCAAAUAUCUCAAGGGCACAGUCAUAUGGAAGAGGGAACAAUUUGCCAGCUCUGCAUAUUCCAACAUUUUCAUCAACCUUUCUUUCUUUGAGGGUGUUCUCGCCUCCUUCCAUUUCUGAGCUCAGAGAAUCCUUGCCACUGUAGUCACAUACAUAAAUACUGGCGCUGAGGCUUCCUUUGGAAUUUCACUGUCUAGUAUCGCCAGCAGGAAGAAUUCUGGUCUCUUGGGAAAAGUCACUUUAAUUCCCCCCCCCUUAAUUUAAUUAUAUAGCAUGUUCCAAAAGGCCUUUGCCUUCCGGCAGGUCCAUCACAUAUGAUCACCCACAUUUCCCUCUAGCCCCGGCCAACACUGGCAUGUAGUCCUCCAAAAGUUGAAUAAAGGGGGAAAGGGCUUUCAAACCCUGCCUCAGCGCCUUGAAAUUGAAUAUCAUAUGUUAUGUACUGAAGUUCUCACCCUGGGCCAGCAGGGGGAUACUGUAGAUAGUUUUCACUCAGGUCCACAUAUGCAAAUAAGGAAUUGAAAGUGACAUUCAGUGACUGGAUAGUUACAGAAAGUUGUUACUGUUGCCUUGUACUGGAGCUCUAUAUAAGCAGGCUGGCUGAAGCCUUCGGUUCAGUUCAGUUCUGGGUCUGUGAAUAAACAAGAGCUGUUUGAGGAAUCGCUGUGUCGUCUGAUAUGUUCACCCACAACUUAACAUCAUACAUGGAGGAGCCUUGAAUACAGUGCGCUGCAAUCUCCACUGUAUUGGGGAGCAGUCACUAUGUGCACAUUUCAGUUUCAUCAUAUGGCAUCUUGUCGCAACCUAUCCAACCACCCCUGCAAUACUUCUGGCUAAUCUACUUUUUGUCUUGAUUUUAUGCAUAGUUAAUACAAUCACAUGACUAGUUGCGUCAUGCAGGUUAAUCAAUAUGUCCUCGUGUGAUCCUUUACUCGCAAGCACAGUUAAGCAAGCCUAGAAACCAGUUAAGAGGCGCAUUGUAGGCAAGACCUCAGAAGCCCACAGGCAAAUGUAAAAGCCACCUGGCAGUAAUCAUUCCAUCAGGCUGCAGCAGAAAGAAAGAUGUGAAGCAGGGCCACUCCAUGGGAGACCAGCUCCACUUGGCUCCCCCUGUCUUUGAACUGUCUGGACUCCAGCUGGACACGAUGUAACUUUAAAAUUGGGCUAAUUUUUUAAAACUUUGUGUCAUCCCUGUGUCAUCCUUUAUGUCAUCCCUGUUUAGAUUGCAAGUCUGCAAGCAACUACAGUGGUACCUUGGGCUAAGUACUUAAUUCAUUCCGGAGGUCCGUUCUUAACCUGAAACUGUUCUUAACUUGAAGCACCACUUUAGCUAAUGGGGCCUUCUGCUGCUGCCGUGCCGCCGGAGCCCGAUUUCUGUUCUUAUCCUGAAGCAAAGUUCUUAACCUGAAGCACUAUUUCUGGGUUAGCGGAGUGUGUAACCUGAAGCAUAUGUAACCUGAAGCGUAUGUAACCCCAGGUACCACUGUACUGUUAUGUUUUGAUUAAUCUUAUCUGCCCACUUCAGUAUGAAUGAAUUCUGCCUCAUUCUGUGUUCUUCCGCACACCCAUGGCAGCCAUUUUAAGACUGGUGCUCCCAGCACUCUCUCAAAAUGUGCCCCCGUCCACAAAAUGGUUAUCAACCCAUACUUUGCAGGGAGAAAAGUAGCUGAGGAUGAGCAAUUUUAAGUGGGGGGGGGGAUGGUUGACAGAUUAAGGGGCUAAGCACCUCCUCCUGACAUACUGCUUCUCUACUCAAAAUUGUAGCCAAUGACUUCUUUCCUUUUAAAAAAGUUGAAGCUGUACGGAACUCUAUGAAAUAUGCAGUUUGGACCUGGGGAUCUCAUUGGGUUCAAAAGGAUUUAGUUCUGAUUUUUCCUAGAUUGGAGGGUCACUCCUGUUUCAAAUUAAUGUUAUCAUCUAGAUCUAGCACUAGAAGUGAAAAGCCUCUGGAAGUCAUGCAUAGCUUUCUCCCUGACAUGUUCCUUUUUGUUGUACAGGGAAUUCAUUGUAAGGUUAGGAACUGGAACAAUCCCCACAGCAAUGCACCAGGAACACUGAGAACUAGAGACACACCCCAAGUUUGGACAGAUGGGGCUGGGCCUCCCCAGGAAUGAGUUCAUUACCAACAACAUUACCAAGAAAUUCGGCCUUGCUGUCAUUUGAAUCACUAGCAUGAUUGACUCCAGAAAUCUCCAGAAGGUCUGAGAAGGAGUGUAAAGUAAACACUUAGGCACCCAGAUUAAGAUCGUCAUUUGUAUUUGCUGAUUUAGAUUGAUCCACAAGAUACUCUCAUUAGGUAUGCAAAGCAACUGUGAGAACUCUGGAAAAUGCCAUGCCUGACUUCUAACCCGAUUAAACAAUUCCAGACACAUAAUAAUUUGGCUAUCCUGGAGCCCUGAAGGGAGGGUUCCCCGUGCCUGAGGUACUGCCACCCAGGGCUGACACACUCCUGCGACAAGGUGAGGUGACCGCCUCAGGCAGCAGAAUCACAGGGGCAGCAGAUUCUGUCUCUAAUAAAUGCAUUGCACACACCUUGGAGGGCGGAUCUGUUGCCACCUCAACAGCCCCUCCAUUUCCAACCUCUUGGUAAAAAGGAGGUUCUGGUGGUCUUCUCCUGCAGGAAGCUUAAUAAACCUGUAGGCUUGCCCCAGUUCCCCUGUGACAGAUCUUCCAAGGAAACCUAGCAUAACUUGGCCCCAAUGACUACAAGUGUCUCCCUUUGAAGAAGAAGCUUCCUUCUUUCCCUUUCCCUUCAGGAAACAGGUGGGGAAGCUUUCUAAGCCAGAGGACCUCAUUCCCUCAUGAGGAACCUUCCAUGGGCCACAGGCCAGUGUUGGGCAAAAGUGGGUGGAGCAAUAGAUGUGACUCUUUCCCUUGUGCCCUGGGCUACAUUCCAGUCAUGUGAAAGAUAAGAUAUUCUACACCCACAUCUCUUCAUCCUCCAUCCAGGCAAGCUACAGGCAUGGUCACAGUUUAAGUCAGGGGCCGGAUCCGGCCCAAUCGCCUUCUAAAUCCAGCCCGCGCACAGUCUGGGAAUCAACGUGUUUUUACAUGAAUAGAAUGUGUCCUUUUAUUUAAAAUGCAUCUCUGGGUUAUUUGUGGGGCAUAGGAAUCCAUUCAUAUAUAUUUUUUCAAAAUAUAGUCCGGCUCCCCACAAGGUCUGAGGGACAGUGGACAGGACCCCUGCUGAAAAAGUUGGCUGAACCCUAGUUUAAGCACUCAGUGAGGGUGCAGAGCCGAGCUGGUGAGGUGGGGGGGAGGGUGGCCUGAGGAGAGCCCUGAGGACCAGACAGAGAGGCCUUGGGAGGGAGGCACAUUUGGCUUCCCAGGGCUGAUUCCCCAGUCCUUCUCUAGGAGAGAGAAUGCAUGUGCUCUGGUUUUCUUGUUCUUCCUCCACUUUUCUGCUUUUCCAGCUCCACAGUUUCCCCAGAAAGUUGCCAGCAGUCACUGUUUCUAAUGCAGCUUCUCUCUCCAAUCUCAUUCAGCUCUAUGCAUUCCUGUCUGGUGCCUUAUUGUCGCCAUAUGUGGCAUUAGAUGCCUCCCAUCUCUGCCGCCUCCUAGAUUUAACGCCAAGGUUACUGGCCCAAUUCGAAUGUUGCCAGCCGAGUGAGUCUUUAUUUCUGUAAUCCUUCCUGGGAUAUUAAUCAAUCUAGCGCAGUGAUGGCCAAACUUGGCCCUCCAGCUGUUUUGGGACUACAACUCCCAUCAUCCCUACCUAACAGGACCGGUGGUCAGGGAUGAUGGGAACUGUAGUCCCAAAACAGCGAGAGGGCAAAGUUUGGCCAUCACUGAAUUCUAGCUCUUUUGUAACAAGCCACACAUUGUUUGAUUCUAAACUUUGGUCUUCUGUUCUCUGAUUGCUAAUUCCCUCUGAUAUCAGUGUACCUUGCCCCAUGA